CGGAGUUGGCUACUGUUCUUGAUAAGCCCCGCUCCUCUUGGCUGGUCGUUGAGAAAUCGUUGAAGAGCUGCGGCGCUGCUGCAGUCUCUAUCUUGCACGUCGUAGCCAGCUUGUACAGCUUUGGAGAUUGAAAGACCUGGUCCAUUUUGCCGUCCAGUGAACAUCGUGGUUGUACAUUGUCUCGAGGCUGACUAUCCUCCGAUCUAAGUGUUUGAGAAUUGUAUUCCCAGAACUCGGUGGAGUGGAAAGAGAUUGCCCUGGGCAACAGUUUCUUGUCCCGCAAUACAGACAUGAUGUUCGGUGUCAGAACAAUACUGCUCGGCAUAUGCCUCUACACUGCUGGCUCUUUCGGAGCAACAAGGAGGACAGCUUCAGCUGAGUACGAUUAUAUCGUCGUCGGGGGUGGAACGGCUGGAGUUGCACUGUCAACGCGGCUCAGCCAAGGUCUACCAGAUUCAAAGAUUCUUGUCAUCGAAGCUGGACCGGCAGCUCCUGACGAGCUUGGUAUUAAUGUCCCUGGGAAGAAAGGAUCGACCCUUGGGACGAUAUACGAUUGGAACUUCACGACAGUACCUCAAGUAAAUGCCAAAAACAGAAUCUUUGCGCAAAACAGAGGCAAAGUCCUAGGCGGAUCGUCUGCACUGAAUCUUUUGACCUAUGAUAGGUCUACGGUGAAGGAGUAUGAUGGAUGGGAAGAGGUAGGUAACCAUGGCUGGAACUUCACUACAAUGCUGGCCAUGAUGGAUAAGUCGGAAAACUUCACCAGUGCGAAUUCUGAGUGGUAUGGAGAUGCUGGAGUUAACACCGAUGGUCCUGUCCGAGGAACUAUCAAUCGGUACAUUCCUGCCCACCAGGACGGAUGGGUUCCUGUACUCAACAGCCUCGGAAUAGAAACCAACAAAGAGUAUCUUGGUGGCAACAGUCUUGGUGUUUCAUACUCGUCGAGUAGUAUUGACCCAACGCACUACAAUCGUUCAUACAGUGUCAAUGGAUACCUUCCCCUCGCAGGCUCGAACCUAGUAGUUAUGACUGAAGAGACAGUAGUCAAAGUCAACAUGACGAAAGUGCGUGGAGCAUAUCAAGCGACUGGUGUCACUUUGGCCGAUGGAACUUUCAUCUCAGCUUCUCGUGAGGUGAUUCUCUCCGCUGGUUCAUUUGGUAGUCCUGGUCUACUGGAGCUCUCUGGUAUUGGAAACAAAACAGUCCUUGGCAACGCUGGUGUUGAGCAGCUCAUUGACCUCGCAGGAGUGGGCGAGAAUCUCCAAGACCAUAUUCGGAUACAAAGCUCGUACCAACUCAAGGACAACUAUACAUCCAUAGAUGCGUUCAGGUAUAACGCAACAUAUGCUGCUGAGCAACUUCAGUUAUGGUUCGAGGGCAAGUACUCCCAGUAUGACUACACGGGAAGUGCAUACACGUUCCAGACCUGGAAUCAAGCCACCGGCAAUGAUUCUUACCUCAUUGAGCUUGCUAAAGCUGCUGUUGGGAAUUCGACGCAUCCUGCCGAAAAGAAAAAGCUUGAGUGGAUGUAUGAUGACACAAUUCCUCAACUUGAGGUCAUCAUGAGCGACGGCUAUACAGGCGUCAAGGGAUACCCAGCUGUCAAUACGACCCUGUAUGGAAAAGGCUUCUUCUCUCUUAUCGCAGUCGUUAUGCAUCCUCUAAGUCGUGGAACUGUCCACGUCAAUGCGACUAAUCCUCUUGGCAAGCCCCUCAUCGAUCCAAGGUACUUCAGCAAUGAGUAUGAUCUCCAAGCUGCCAUUGUAGCGAUCAAGAAAGCCCGCCAGAUAGCAUUGAUUCCUCCGCUCCGAGAUGUGUGGGUGUCCGAAUAUGAACCAGGCCUCGAUGUUGUGAACACCGAUGCAGAAUGGAGGGAGUUCGCGCUCAACACCACUCUCACCAUAUAUCAUCCAGUCGGAACAUGUGCCAUGCUUCCAAAACGAAAAGGAGGAGUUGUAGAUCCACAGCUGAAGGUCUAUGGAACCACAAACCUCCGAGUCGUCGAUGCCAGUAUCAUUCCUGUGCUGAUCUCUGCACAUAUGCAGACUGCUGUUUAUGGAAUUGCUGAAAUGGCGGCGGAAAUUAUCAUCGAUGCUGGGAGAUCGUAGUUUCGGUAUUUAGAAGGACGAUUGAGGACAUGACGGAAUGACGGAAUGACUGUAUGAGGGUAGAUAGGCUUUCUAACGACGAUUUACUCCAGACUCUGGAAUCUAGGCACCAAAUGGAUGCUGUGAUUUUGUGUUAGCGCAAGCAGAUUAGAGCCUCCAGACAUUUGUACAUACGGAAGAUAUUGAGGAUACGAAU